CGAAGCUUCCUGUUGCGCUCCGGUCCAGUCCGGUUAGUAAGAAACGUAUGCGCCUCCAAAGCCGAUGUGAAACUGUUGAGUGUUGUUGUGUUUAUGCGCUUGCCGACCGUCCUGUAGAUGGCAAGUGGACCGCUGUCCAGAGGCGAGGCGCUGCAGCUCGCCGGCUGCAGACAUGCCUGUCACCUCAUGCUCUACUGUGACACCCACAGGCAGCUGUUCGGCAGGAUUCCCAUCAGACACAUCAUUCUAAUGCAGAUGCGCUUUGACGGUCUGCUGGGUUUCCCGGGCGGAUUUGUGGAUCUGUCCAAGGAAACGUUAGAAGAGGGGCUGGUCAGGGAACUGUCUGAGGAACUCGGCGUCGCUGUGCCCGUAUCAGUCGAUCAUCAUGUGGAAAGCCGCUAUGCGACAAGGCCCUCCUCUCCUCGUCUCAUCACUCACUUCUAUGUGAAGAAGAUGACAGAAGAGCAGAUUUUGGAGGUGGAAAAAGCAUCAGUUUGUACUGCUAAAGACCAUGGACAGGAGGUCUUGGGAAUGGUUCGAGUCCCGCUCUACUCAACUAAAGGUGGUGGAGGCCUCUCAAUGUUCCUGUCUCACUCGUUUAUCGGCAACGCCCGCUCGCAGUUGCUCGACACGCUUCGGCACCUCAACAUGGUCUCUCCAGAGGAGCUGCAGCAAGCUCUCCAGACCUCCCUGAAAACUCAGCAGGAGAGCAGAGAGAAGCUCCAGGCGGAGCUGACGGCAAUAGAGCGGGAACCUGAGGAACCGACAGCGUGAGAAUGAGUGUCCCACGGCUCAGUCCUCUGCUCAGCAGACACGUCUGGUACUUAGCUUAUACGUCGCACUGGAGAGAGAUGGUCGGAAUGAUACAAGGUCAUCAGAGAAGUGGUUGUUGGGAGAACAGGAUGGAGGGA